GGACCCGGGGCCUCGGCUGCUGACGUGCCCGAAGCCCACGGAACCGGUUAAGCCGCGGCUGCGGCGCCGAUCCCAGCUGAGGCGCAGCAGCGAGAGGGCGCGGGCAGGGCCAUGGCCCCGGGGGGCCUCUAGCGCCGGUCGGCCCAGUGGGAACCGCUCUGCCGCCGCUGCCCGGGCGCUCAGGCCCCGCCGCCGCGGAAGAGGUGUCCAGAGAGCCACGCCUGCUUCCUGGGCCCCAGGCCCCUCCCACAAUGCCUGUCACUGGCCUCCUCCUCUGGGCUUUCCUACUUGCUGGGGCCUGGCCAGCCGCCCCCACCCAGGACUACCUCCCGGCCACGCCCCGAGUCUGGCUCUCCUUCAAAGAGCUGAAGGCCACAGGCACUGCCCACUUCUUUAACUUCCUGCUCAACACCACUGACUACCGGAUCCUGCUCAAGGACGAGGACCACGACCGCAUGUACGUGGGCAGCAAGGACUACGUGCUGUCCCUGGACCUGCACGACAUCAACCGUGAGCCCCUCAUUAUCCACUGGGCGGCCUCCCCACAGCGCAUUGAGGAGUGCGUGCUGUCGGGCAAGGAUGGCAACGGGGAGUGUGGGAACUUCGUCAGGCUCAUCCAGCCCUGGAACCGAACUCAUCUGUAUGUGUGUGGGACGGGCGCCUACAACCCCAUGUGCACCUAUGUGAAUCGGGGCCGUCGUGCCCAGGCCACGCCGUGGACCCAGACGCAGGUGGCCAGAGGCCGCGGCAGCAGAGCCACGGAUGGCACCCUCCGCCCGACGCCCACAGCCCCACGCCAGGAUUACAUCUUCUACCUGGAGCCUGAGCGCCUCGAAUCAGGGAAGGGCAAGUGUCCGUACGACCCCAAGCUGGACACGGCCUCAGCGCUCAUCAACGAGGAGCUCUACGCCGGCGUGUACAUCGAUUUUAUGGGCACGGACGCGGCCAUCUUCCGCACGCUGGGAAAGCAGACGGCCAUGCGCACGGAUCAGUACAACUCCCGGUGGCUCAACGACCCCGCCUUCAUCCACGCCGAGCUCAUCCCCGACAGUGCGGAGCGCAACGACGACAAGCUGUACUUCUUCUUCCGCGAGCGGUCGGCAGAGGCGCCGCAGAGCCCCGCCGUGUACGCCCGCAUCGGGCGCAUCUGCCUGAAUGACGACGGCGGCCACUGCUGCCUGGUGAACAAGUGGAGCACGUUCCUGAAGGCGCGGCUCGUCUGCUCCGUGCCGGGCGAGGAUGGCAUCGAGACGCACUUCGACGAACUGCAGGACGUGUUUGUCCAGCAGACUCAGGACGUGAGGAACCCAGUCAUCUACGCCGUCUUCACCUCCUCAGGCUCCGUGUUCCGCGGCUCCGCCGUCUGUGUCUACUCCAUGGCUGACAUCCGCAUGGUCUUCAACGGGCCCUUUGCCCACAAGGAGGGCCCCAACUACCAGUGGAUGCCCUUCUCGGGGAAGAUGCCUUACCCCCGGCCUGGCACGUGUCCUGGCGGAACCUUCACCCCAUCCAUGAAGUCCACCAAGGACUACCCUGACGAAGUCAUCAACUUCAUGCGCAGCCACCCCCUCAUGUAUCAGGCCGUGUACCCUCUGCAGCGCCGGCCCCUGGUGGUCCGCACGGGGGCGCCCUACCGACUCACAACUGUCGCGGUGGACCAGGUGGAUGCGGCCGAUGGGCGCUAUGAGGUGCUUUUCCUGGGCACAGACCGCGGGACGGUGCAGAAGGUCAUCGUGCUGCCCAAGGACGACCAGGAGGUGGAAGAGCUCAUGCUGGAGGAGGUGGAGGUCUUCAAGGACCCAGCACCUGUUAAGACCAUGACCAUCUCUUCCAAGAGGCAACAACUCUACGUGGCCUCAGCCGUGGGCGUCACACACCUGAGCCUGCACCGCUGCCAGGCCUAUGGGGCUGCCUGUGCCGACUGCUGCCUCGCCCGGGACCCCUACUGCGCCUGGGAUGGCCAAGCCUGCUCCCGCUACACGGCAUCCUCCAAGAGGCGGAGCCGCCGGCAGGACGUCCGGCACGGGAAUCCCAUCAGGCAGUGCCGGGGGUUCAACUCCAACGCCAACAAGAAUGCCGUGGAGUCGGUGCAGUACGGUGUGGUGGGCAGUGCCACCUUCCUGGAGUGCCAGCCCCGCUCACCCCAAGCCACGGUUAAGUGGCUCUUCCAGCGAGAUCCCGGCGACCGGCGCCGAGAGAUCCGCGCAGAGGACCGCUUCCUGCGCACGGAGCAGGGCUUGCUGCUUCGCGCCCUGCAGCUCGGUGACCGCGGCCUCUACUCCUGCACAGCCACUGAGAACAACUUCAAGCACGUCGUCACGCGGGUGCAGCUGCACGUGCUGGGCCGGGAAGCCGUCCAUGCCGCCCUCUUCCCGUCACUGGCUGUGAGCGCGCCGCCGCCUCCCGGCGCAGGCCCCCCCACGCCUCCUUACCAGGAGCUGGCCCAGCUGCUGGCCCAGCCAGAAGUGGGCCUCAUCCACCAGUACUGCCAGGGUUACUGGCGUCACGUGCCUCCCAGCCCCAGGGAGGCCCCAGGGGCACCCAGGCCUCCGGAGCCCCAGGACCAGAACAAGCCUCGGAGCCGCCGGCACCAUCCUCCGGACACCUGAGGCCAGCCGCCCACGCCCUGCGAGGGGCCAGCCCAACCCUCAUCCCUUUUAAUAUAAAAGAUAUAUAUAUAUAUAUAAAUAUAAAAUAUCUAUAUUCUAUACACACCCUGCCCCGUCAAAGACAGUAUUUAUUGGUGGGUUGUACAUAGUGCGCCUCGGUGGCAGCAUCCAGAACUCGGACCUGUGCUGGUCGAGACCGCAGAGAACUGAGCUGCCUCACCAGGCCCAGCGAGAUGGCAGGGCCAGGCCGGAACCACACAGUCCCCAGACCCAGCUGCAAGUCUGCUUGCUCUGCGGCCACGGCCCAAGACCUCCAGGACCCAGGGAGGGAGCGAGCCCCACUUGUGGGGGCACGGACUGCACGCCUGUGCUGUGGCCUGGAUCUGGACGGGAGCACUGCUUUGGAGACUGGGGGUGAGGGGGGGGGGCUCUGGUGCGCUCAGAGAGAGGAAGAGGAAGACGGGGCUGCCGCGGGAUGCCGGUCCCCGCCUGGGUUGAGGGCACUCGGUGGAAGCGGCCCUUCCUGGGUAUUUAUUCUCUAUUUAUUGGGGACAGGAGAGGAGCCCUGCCUAGGUAGGGCUGUCCCGUGAUCCCUGCUCUGGCCUGGCCAGGGCAGGGCGGCCCCACUCUGCCUCCUCGGCUGCUGCUGUGCCCCCUGGACUGAGCAAAUAGCAGAGGGGUGAGGCGUAGGCAGCCCUGGCGCAGAGGGGGCCGUGGUGGAGGCCUGGGGCCUGCCGGCGCCCCCCAACACUCCUUUCUGCCCACCACUGCAGGCGAUGGGUGUAAAUAGCUCUGGGGGGCCCGGCAGGGGCUCCUGGUAGCCCUCUGCUCCCCAGACCACAGCCGCCCUUGGGUGCCAUCUUGCUAAUAAACACUGGCUCUGGGACUGAA